CGUCCCAUGUACAGAUAUUUCCAGAGAAAUACCAGACUUCUUUAUUGAAGAUCGACGAGAAUAAAUUACCGGGGAGUGGCGUCCAGCAGUCCGGAAGGAUCUAUAUUUUAUUUUUUUCCCGGGUUGUGCGGUUUCUUUGGCUAUUUCUUAAGAAAUAAAUUCCGAACCACUUAAAAUUCAUCCGCAUACACACAUUCAUCGGAGCCCUUUUUUAAAAAAAGAAAACCUUUGCUCCCCCGUUUUCUCCCGCCUCGAUCCUGAGGCAUAAGCACGCAUCACGGCAUUGCAGACUACAUUUCCCAGAGAGCCCGGCGGCUGUCAUCUCAAGCGAGAGCGGCGUGAGGUCGUCCUUCAGACCUGCCGCCGGGUCCCCGGGUGGAGCGAGGUUGAAUCUUUGCCAGCGCCCCGAUUGGUCGCCGCAUUUCGUUGCCGUGGGCAGCCGCGGUCUGGUAUUGGUGCCCCGAGGGCGUGGAUGGAGAGCAAGGUCCGUAGGCCUUGUAGGGAGGGAUGGUUGGCUAUGAUCCGAAUUCCGAGUGUAGCUCCCUUUCGACUGUGAAAGUAGCAGCGGCGGGAUCCGCUUCCGGAUUGGUCACUCGGGCAAUGAUCGGCCCUUUUGAUGUGCUCAAGAUUCGCUUUCAGCUUCAGAUAGAGCAGCUUUCCUCCAAAAAUCCACAUGCGAAGUAUCACAGUAUCUGGCAGGCCACUGGUAAGAUUUUUCAGGAGGAAGGGGUCACUGCAUUUUGGAAAGGUCACGUCCCUGCUCAACUUCUUUCCAUUAAUUAUGGGGCUGUCCAGUUUGUCAGCUUCGAAUUUCUGACGAAGCUGGUGCACCAUGGCACAUCUUAUGAUGCUCGUGGCUUCACUGUGCACUUUAUCUGUGGCGGUCUGUCUGCUUGUGCUGCUACUGUGACUGUUCAGCCUCUUGACACGCUGCGGACUCGCUUGGCUGCCCAAGGAGAGCCGAAGAUUUACAGGAACCUCCGCCACGCUGUGGUCAGCAUGUACCAGAAGGAAGGGCUGCUGACUUUCUAUAGGGGGCUGAGCCCAACCAUCAUUGCCAUUGUUCCUUAUGCCGGCUUCCAGUUUUCCUUCUACAGUCUCCUGAAGAGGUUGUACAACUGGAUUGUUCCAAGCGAAGAGAUGAAGAAAGGUAAUAUUAGAAACUUAGUGUGUGGAAGCUGUGCUGGUGUCCUCAGCAAAACCCUGACAUAUCCCUUUGACCUAUUCAAGAAGCGACUGCAAGUGGGUGGCUUUGAGCAAGCCCGGGCGGCUUUUGGGCAGGUUCGAACAUACACUAGCAUCAUGGACUGUACCCGACAGAUAAUCUUGGAUGAGGGACCCAGAGGAUUCUUCAAGGGCCUUUCCCCAAGCUUAUUGAAGGCUGCUUUCUCCACCGGCUUCACCUUUUUCUGAUAUUUUUGUACUCUAUAAUCUUUGCAUAGUAUCUGGGAAAAGCAGUGACUGGAACCUGACAGGAUAAAGAAGAACUGGGAAAUCGCCAAACUGACUUACAACAAUCCAGUGACUUCCUUUCAGCAUAGGGCAAAUCCACAUUCAGAUACACUGCUGAGUUAAAGGUACUGUGGUAAUACACAAGUACACUCCAGUUUGCUAUAUACCUGAUAGACAUAAGCAAAGCUUCUGAAAAAGGAAAGGUUUUAAAAAAAUAAAGAGAUUUGUUUCCAGCAGUAUCUGCAAAUUCUUUUUAUAGCACUUCCAGUACUGGCAGGAUGGAAUUUUAAUUCUUUUGGUAUCAACUCACGCUGGAUCGGUAGAAUUGGAGCCGUGGUGUUUGGAAAUACAGAGACCGCAAAUUGGAAAGUUUUGAGUUACUUUCUUUUGCUUACCUACUGGGUCAGGUUGUUCGUUGUACACUUAUCUGUAUUUAUUUUCGUAGGAGCUGUGAAAGUCACAUUCCAGCUACACUACAUACCAUUGGAAGAGCCCUGGUUUGUGUAAUCUUUGCCUUAUGUACCUUAAGAACAAAGGUUGCUUGUGUUUCUCUGAAAUAUUUGUUCUGGACAGGUGGGUUCUUUUCCCAAAGUGUUCAUAGGCCUGCCUUUCUUUUGUUGUCUAAGAUGGGAAUUGCUGAUUCAGAGUCUUUCUGAAAUGCACUGAGGGUAGGCUCCUUUGUCAAAAGGCAAACAGCAGGUUCAUCAGAAAUGCAGCGACAACUGUUCUUGACUCACAAUGUUUUUUAUUAUUUUAUUUAUCAAAUUUUGAGGCUAUUGACUCCUUAAUGACUCUGGAUAGAUUACAGACAAAAAAAACAAUAAAUAUGAAUAAGACCAUUGUUUCUCAACCUUGACAACUUUAAAAUGGGUAGACUUCAACUCCCAUAAUCCCCCAGCCAGCAUAUUGCCAGAAUUGCACCCCUCUCCCAGCAUGCUGGCUGAGGAAUUAUGGGAGUUGAAGUCCGCCCAUCUUAAAUUUGUCAAGGUUGAGAACUGGACUAGAAGAACAGAACACCAAUUAAGAACCAACCAUAACUAAAGGGGGUUCCAUAAUCACCCUGCCCUCGAGGGCUCUUGUGUCUUUUCCCACCUAUACAAAAGAGGCAUCAGCUCAUGAAACUUGCUUUUCUAUUCAAAUUACACUCUUUUUAAGCAUACAAACUAGCAAGCUUAAAAUGCAAGCAUGAAGUCACAUCAGAGAAGGAACACUUGACAUUUGUAGUCUCCAAAUAUAAGCUAGGUCACUUAUCUUUCAGUUUUCUUCUAGCCUUUAGCACCUCCUCUGUUUCCUCAAAUAUGUUAAUUUUAAGAUAUUGUGCCUUAUGACAGUGCCAAAAUCAGUGUAUACUUUAAUAUUUCAGUGUUUACAAGAUGGCAUAACACCAGGUCAGCAAUCUCUCCCCACACCUCCAAAAUCGUUGAUGGUUAUUAGCUGGGCAUCUAUGCCAAUGAGAACUCCGAUACAUUUGUACUCCUAGUACUGUAAUCUAAAUGAUCUUUGUUGACAUCUAGGUUGUGCAAGGUUUCAGAUUCCAUUACUGAGAUUUUUGUUCACUCCCUGUGUUUAACAUGAAUGCUUAAUCUAUAACACUGUAUCUGUAUUUUUCAUAUAAAGAUUUAUUUUUUGUAGUUGAGACAGUUUGGACCACCGUUUUCUAGUCCAUAGAACAUGUGUCUAUCGUGAAAGAAAAAUAAAUAUAUAAAUAUAUUUAUCAUAAA